UUUCACGUUGCCAUAGUAACGUAUUGCUUGACAGCGGAUACAUUGGCGUACAUUAUUGUGUUUGUACUUCAAUUAUUAUGAACAAACCGCUAAGCCGUGAUGAUAUCGAGGCUAUGGAGAGCCAGUUGAAGCAGAGCUUGGAAGAAGACAAGGCCUAUUGGAGAGUUAAUGAUGUGAAAUGUGACGCAAUACACACUGCCAAAUCCUAUGAGGAAUUCGCCGAUCGUGUUGCGGCUGCACACUUACGACCUUUGGAUAAAGAGGACAUGAAGAAGAAAUCAGCUUCCUCGUGGAACCAGUACGCCUCCAAACAUGAUGAAAAAUAAAACAAUAAUUAUCAUCACCCGCCUUUAUUUAAUAUCCAUAACAAAAUAAACUCAUAAAAAUAUUAAAA